AUGAGCAACAUAUCUACACGUGUCACGAGUCCUGUCAAUGGCACCGAACCUCACGCAGAACCCAACAAAACCCCUAAUACGAUACGGUCGCCAACAAGCACUCCCAUCCCGCCAUCCCUGAUCGCAAAAGAGAUCGAGCGCCCCCACCCUCCCAAGCCAAACCACUCCUCCCCCGGCAUAUCCAAGCCCAGACGCACAAGACAACCCCCAAGACCAGGCCUCCGCCUCUUCACCCGCGACGUAAAGUUCGCCCUCCCCCUGGCCCCGAGCAGGCGCGAGCGCAUGGCCCCCGGCCCACCCGCAGACGAGGCGACCACGUCCGCGCUGGCGCGGUGCGUCGACCUCGCGCUGCGGCUGCUCGAGGAGGGCAGGGGAAACAGGGUGCUCGUCGGCGUCGGGAUGCAGAUCGUGGCGGAGCGGAGGUUCGAGGCCGCGCGGGCUGGCGGCGGACGGCCGGCGGCGGGGAUCUACAAGGGCGAGUUGAGGGACAUGGGGAUGUGGGUUGCGAUGUUCCUGCGGCAGGUCCGGGAGUUUGGGAUCCCGAUUUGUGUGUGCGACAGCCUCUCUGGCUACGGCCUGACGCAGAGGUGGACGUGGGGGAGUAAUAUGGAGGACUAUGACUGCCGCAACAGCGCGGUCGUCUACAUACACCAGUGUCUGGUAGAUGGCCUUCUUAGGUCAGCAAGGAGCGUCGAGCAGUGCACCAAAGAACAGGAGGCUCUAAACGCAGAGAUUCAGAAUGGCAACAGGGAAAUGGACAGCAGCACCAUGGCAGCAAUCCAGCGCCUGCAAGAUGCCCAAGCCAACGCUCAGAUGAGUCUCGAGCGGGCGGUCUUCUGCAUCUCGGUCUUCCUGGCUCACGAGUUCGUGCACUGCUUCACGGGUUACCUGACUGGCAGUGCCCAGCCAGGCACUCCGCCAGGGCUGGACGCAUCGCCGUACAGCGAUCCCGAGCACGGGGAGGCCGGCUGGUACUGGACCCAGUACACGUUCGGUGGACUGGGCCACGCCUGGUUCGACAAGGACGAGCCCGAGGAGCCCAGCCAUUUCGGUGUCCCGAUGCUUUUGGACUACAACAAGCGGCGCAGCAACUCGUUCUUCUACCAGAUCAACCAUGCAGUGGUUAAGCAGGUUCUCGGGGACAACUGGGCUUCUUUAAACAGUAUCGAUCCAGAUUGGUUUCUGAAGCUGAAAGAUGAGAACACAAAGACAUCCUUCAAAGAAUGGGACACCGCAUACGAGGAAAUUGUGGCUCGUACUACCGUGCUUGUCCUUGGCCUCAAGGCCCAGCUUGCGAAAUAUUCUGCCAUUCUCUUCCACUAG